UGCAGCUAUGGGAUUUGAUGCGUGCAUUAUGCGUUUCUGAUGCACACAUUUUUUUUUUCAUGAUUGUCACCUCAAAUUUACGCCAUCUGUCCAUGCAGGUCAAGUUGAAAAUGCUUAAGGGCAUACAUAAUCAAAAUCAAGAAACAAGAUUAAAGAUUGCGGCUGCAGUCCAGUCCACGUGGGACAGGAGGAGGUUCAAUCAGAGGAAGAUAGCACGGUGCUACCAUGAGUGGCUUAAUCUACUUGCAGAAGCUUCUAGAAAGGGCUUUGGUGGCGAAGAAGAACUGCAGUGGGACUCGUAUGAGAUAAUUAACGAACAGCUCGGUAAGGAGUUUCGAGAAAGUAUGGAAUCAAGAAAGGAGAAAUGCGCGUCCGGACCAGGAGGAAGAGCGCCCAAAACCCUUGAGCAACGAAAGAAAAUAUCGGAGGCCAUUGCUGCCAAAUGGGCUGACCCUGCAUACCGUGAUCGGGUUUACUCUGGCAUGGCUAAACGCUGUGGAAAAAAUUCUUCUGUAACUAGAGAUCCAGAAUGGGGGACGAAAAAGAAGGAACCUGAAAAGGUCAAACCUGUGAAGAUGACUGACGGUUUAUAUAAUGUCAAGAUUAGCAGUCAACCGACCAAGUCAAAGACAAGUAGCGGUCCUAUAAAGGUGCCACAGGCUAGGUUCAAGGAUCCGCAUGCGAGAUACAAGUUAGAAAUGAUAAAGAGUAUUAGAGCAAGUAGAGCAGCUUCAGAUCCUAAAAUAAGCGAAGCUAUCUUAAGAGCCAAGUUAGUUCGCGUUUCAAAUCUUAAAGGGUGUUUGGCUGUGUUUUGAAAGUGAUUGUCUGAUUGUGAUCAUUUGACAUUACAG